ACAGCCUGGGGAAGGGAGAGAGUGAGACUGGGAGACAGACAGACAGAGGGAGGCAGGCAGAGAGUCUGGAUCAAGAGUCAGAUAUAGCAACGGAUUCAGAGAGAGAGAGAGAGAGAGAGAGACAGGGACAGAGAGUUUCCAGUUAAAUCCCCAAUUUACAGGGUAAGUUUGCAGUUGUACAGUGGGAGCUGUAACCAGCAGUGGGACAGAGGCUGGGACAUCUCACAGAGCCUCCUCCUUAACCUGGCUUCCUGUCCGGAGGAACUUCCAAAGUCGAUCAGUUCCAAACGUCGUCCCCCCCCCAGUGCUGUUGGCUGGGGUGGUAAAUACAGAAAGCGGUCGAGCAAGGAUUACAGCAGGAAGAUCUAACCUACCGCAGUCCAGCAGUCAGAGGGCAGGCACAAUGAGAGCAUGUUUGCUGUGUGUUUCAGUGGUGCUCACUCUUUGGAAGGUGACCGGAGAAUCAGAAGCAGCCCCGGCACUCACAGGUUUCCAGGUGUUAGAAUCAGCAUCACAUUAUUGGCCCUUGGAUCCCGUGGCAGGACUCAACGAACUGUGUGAUGUGAACGGAAGUCAAACAGAUAUAGUUGAGGGAGUUGUUAACAAGGGGAUUUACCUCAAUGGAGAUUCGGGUGGUACUUUCCUACACUUUGGAAGCUACAAAAACUCCUGCAUUAGUGACCCAGCACAAUGCAGUGAGGCAGGUGUCACCUUCUCCUUCUUCUGGAAGAACCUGGAGAAGCCGUCCCGGUUGGCGACUGCCUCUGGGGGGAAGGUGCUGUCAAAUGGAUUCUCCAUCUGUGCAGAUGUUAACGGAGGCUAUGUCGAAUUUUACACUCGCCAAACCUUACGCAGGUGGAAAGCAACGAUAAGCCCACCAGGUCCUGAAUGGACACACAUUCUGUUCACCUGGACACCUGACGAUGGCCUGAAGAUUUAUGUUAAUGGCACAUUCAGCACCAAUGACACCUAUGGGAAGCUGGCACCAGACUAUGAAAGCCAGUACGCUAACCUGGUGGUCGGAACAAAGAAUGAGCAGUCCUACAGUCAGUAUGUGACCAGGUCGUUUGAUGAGUUUGUGAUCUGGGAACGCGCACUCACAUCACACGAGGUUCAGCUGUACUACAGUGCCACUACAGGCCUUCCUGUUUGCACAACUGAGAGUGUGUCUGUACCACCCCCCGGGGAGUUGGAGUCUGGCUCUGCCACAACAGAUACUUCACCCUCUGUGGGGACUUAUCCCCACGAUGUGGUCAACCCAGAAGAGGGAACGGAGAAAUUUCAGUAUCCAGACACCACUGAUGGUUUCCUUGAUUCUUCCUUUGUUCUUCCCAAUGAAACGUUGCUGCAGCAAAGCGCUUCCAAUCUGACUGAGAAUUUUCUGCAGACUGUUGGUGAAGUUCUGGCCUUGCCCAGUUGGAGUGGAACAGCAGAGUCUGCGACUGUUGUGAAUGGAUUGAUUGGGAUGGUCGACAAGGUCAUGAUUCACGUGGGAAGUAAUCUGGAGGGAAGCCCUACCUCGGUUGUGAGCAUCGAGGGAAGAUCUGCAGUGGCCGAUUACUCAUUAGUCAAAGUUCCAGAAGGCUCGAGUCUGACUAAUUACCGCUUCCCAUCUCAAGGAAUGAGCUUCAUCUUGAUUCCUGGAGAAGCUUUCCACAGGAAAACACAGAUCACCAUUGUGGGCUUGCUGUAUCACACCAUGCACCAAUACUACAAGCAAAUCGAACCUCUGAAUACCAAGAUUAAUGAGUCAGUGCUCCACAAAGACCACAAGAUCACAGUGAUGAGCUACAUCAUCUCGCUGAAAAUCGAACCCCCUCCAUCGCUUUCUCACAACCUCUCCGGAUUCCCCCUCACCACGAUAACCCUGACCCACGUGCUGACACCGGCGCAGUAUCAUUACACCCUGAACAAAACCAACCAGGCCUACCUGUGGUGUGCCUUUCUCGAUUUCAGCUCGGGCUCAGCUGUUUGGUCCAACGAAGGCUGCAUUCGGAUUGGUGGGAACAUUUCGUACUCUGUCUGUCUCUGCAACCAUCUCACCAAUUUUGCCAUCCUCAUGCAAGUGGUUCCACUAGAGCUGGAGCAGAUACACCAGGUGGCGCUCUCUGCUAUCACAUAUGUUGGCUGCUCACUGUCCAUUGUCUGCCUGACAGUCACACUCAUCAUAUUUGGCAUUCUGUCGUCAGUGAGUACAAUCCGUAAUCAACGUUACCAUAUCCAUGCCAACCUCUCGUUUGCCAUUCUCGUGGCUCAGAUUCUCCUUCUGAUCAGCUUCCGCUUUCUACCAAAUACGCUCCCAUGCAAGGCUCUGGCGAUUCUCCUCCAUUUCUUCUUCCUCAGUGUUUUCUCCUGGAUGUUGGUUGAAGGUCUCCACCUCUACAGCAUGGUUAUUAAAGUAUUUGGUUCAGAGGAAAGCAAGCACUUCUAUUACUAUGGGAUAGGCUGGGGCUCACCUUUGGUGAUUUGCAUCGUUUCUGUUACCUCAGCCUUCGAUAGCUAUGGCAACGCAGACAACUGUUGGUUGUCUAUUGAAAGAGGAGCCAUUUGGGCAUUCGUGGCCCCAGCACUGUUUGUGGUUGUGGUGAAUAUUGGCAUUCUCAUAGCAGUGACAAGGAUCAUUUCAAGAAUCAGUACAGACAACUACAGGAUACAUGGAGAUGCAAAUGCGUUCAAGUAA